AUGGUGGGCGCUGGCGGCAUCGGAUGCGAAUUGCUGAAGAACCUUGUCCUCACCGGCUUCGGCGAAAUCCACAUUGUCGACCUGGACACGAUCGAUCUCAGCAACCUCAACCGACAGUUCCUGUUUCGCAACGAGCAUAUAAAAAAGUCCAAGGCAUUGGUUGCAAAGGACUCGGCGCUCAAGUUCAACCCCAACGUCAAGAUUGAAGCGUACCACGACAACAUCAAGGACUCGCAAUUCAACGUCGCGUGGUUCAAGACAUUCAACAUCGUCUUUAAUGCGCUAGACAACCUCGAUGCGCGGCGCCAUGUGAACAAAAUGUGUCUUGCGGCAAAUGUUCCGCUCAUUGAGAGCGGCACGACUGGCUUCAACGGGCAGGUGCAGGUCAUCAAGAAGGGAGAGACGGAAUGCUACGACUGCACGCCCAAAAUCCCACCCAAGUCCUUCCCCGUCUGUACCAUCCGAAGCACGCCCUCGCAACCCAUCCACUGCAUCGUCUGGGGCAAGUCAUAUCUGUUCGCGGAAAUCUUUGGCGCGUCCGAAGACGAGGCACCCGAGCUGGACCACAGCGAGGACUCGGACAAUGCCAAGGAAGUCGCCAACCUACAGAAAGAGGCCCAGGCUUUGAAGCGCAUUCGAGACUUCCCGCGCUUACUCUUCAACAAGGUAUUCAAGGAAGACGUUGAGCGGUUACGGAGCAUGGAGGGCAUGUGGAAGACGAAGCGGGCACCCGAGGCGCUGGACUAUGAUGCGCUGCUGCAAGAGUCGCUUGGGUGUGAUCCGGCAGUCGCGCAAAAAGAUCAGGUCACUUGGAGCACGGCUGAGAACUUUGCCGUCUUUGUCGACAGCUUGCGCCGCCUAAGCACUCGUCUUGAAGAGUUGCGCGCCAGAGCCGACGUGGGCGACGCUGCGCCAAUACUCACUUUCGACAAGGACGACGAGGAUACCCUCGACUUUGUUGCUGCGGCGGCGAACCUGAGGUCACAUAUAUUCGGCAUCGAGACGCGGUCAAAGUUUGACAUUAAGCAAAUGGCCGGCAACAUCAUCCCCGCAAUUGCCACCACCAACGCCAUGACCGCUGGCCUUUGCGUUCUCCAAGCCUUCAAGGUCAUGCGCGGACAGCUCAACAAGGCCAAGUUCUCAUUCCUCACCCGAACCACCGAGCGCGUACUUGCCAGCGAUAGGCUCCUGCCGCCAAACCCUAAUUGUGCGACUUGCGGCGUCGCAUACGCUACUCUCGUGGUCGAUACCAAGCGCGCCAAACUGAGCAAUCUUGUCGAGACACUGACGGCCCAGCUAGGAUAUGGCGAGGACUUUAGCAUCAAGCGCGACGCAGAUCUCCUCUACGACGUCGACGAGGAUGUGCAUCUCGAGAAGAGCUUUGAGGAGCUGAGUCUCAAGGCAGACACCUUCAUCACAGUUUUUGAUGAGGCAGACGAGGACGCCAAAGUCGAUGUGCUCUUCUCCGUCAUUGAAAAGGAAGUCGAGGAGGGCGAGACCCCACUCAGUCUGCCCGAACAACUCGUCAUUGCGAAGAAGCCCAAGAAGCCUGAGCCGGAGACCAAUGGCCAUGCCAAGAUUGACGCGACUAUGCAUAACGGUAAGAAUGGCACGACGAAGCGCAAGGCGGAUGAGGCUGGUCUCAAAGACGAGAUGACGAGGAAGAAAGGCAAGGUCGUGGAGGAAGCCGCGACGCAGGCCAACGAGGUCGUUUACAUCAUCGAGGACGAUGGCACGAUUGACAUCGACUGA